AUGCAAAGUCCUAAUUUUUCGAUUUUUGAUAAAAGUUAUGAAAGUUUCAUUCCUGAAUCUAUCCCAAUUAUCAUGGAACCAUUGAAAGGUGAUCAAUUCUGGCCUAAACAGAAUAAAUCGCCCAAUAAGUUGAAAAUAUUUUUCUCCAAGAAAUUUAAAACCCUCAAACACAAAGUAUUCCAUAAAUAUCGCAAAGGAAAGGAAUCCGUCGCGAUCAAAGAAAUCAUGACUUCUAAAAUUAUUUACCAUACAACUUUCUCAACUGAUGAGGACAAAUCCGAAAUUGAUGAAAUUGAUGAAAUUUUAGAUAUUUAUUUAUCUUGUCAAGAGUAG